AUGGCCUUCGUUUCCUCUUGGAAGGGUCUGCGCUUUGAUGCGUCUGCGCCGACGACUUGGCGCCCUGCAGUGGCGACUGCGCACGCUCGAAAGCAUGCAUCGCUGCUGUCCCCGCGUGCAUGGAGCGUCUCGCGUUCGAGACGCUCUUUCGUCGUGUGUGCGGUCUCUGAUCAGGCGUCUGGCGUGGGGCAGGUCGUUCCUCUCGUAGAUUUGCGGGGGAAGCGAGCGCUCAUCACAGGGAUAGCGAACCAGCGCUCGAUCGCGUACGGCAUUGCGCAGCAGCUGCGGCGAGCGGGUGCCGAACUCGGUGUGACGUACCUGCCGGUUAAUGAGCGGGCCGAAAGCAAAGUAUCGAAACUAGUAGAGCCAUUGGGGGCGAGUUUUCUGCAUCCUUGCGACGUGCAGUCACGUUCCGACCUGGAAGGCCUCUUUGAAACAGUCAAGCAAAAGUGGGGCGGCCUCGAUCUUCUCGUGCAUUGUUUAGCGUUUGCGAACCGUGAAGAUCUCGAAGGCAACUUUAGUGAGACAUCUAGAAACGGGUUCAGUGUGGCACUCAGCGUAAGCACCUAUUCAUUGAUCGAGAUGUGUGGAUUGGCGAAACCGCUCUUUCGCCCUGGAGGAUCGGUCGUGACCCUCAGUUAUCUCGGCGCUGAGCGCGUUGUGCCGAACUACAACAUCAUGGGAGUCGCCAAGGCAGGUCUCGAAUGUUCUGUCCGGUACCUCGCUGCAGAGUUAGGCCCAGCCUGCGGCGUACGAGUGAAUGGGAUCUCGGCGGGACCCAUUAGAACCCUUGCGUCGUCAGCCAUAGGCGGAAUCACGACCAUGAUUCGCAAUGUGGAGCAGAACGCACCGCUGCGCCGCACGGUCACCCAAGAAGAGGUAGGGAAAACAGCCGCAUUCCUGCUCAGUGAUGCGGCCUCGGGAAUAACUGGCCAGAUUCUAUACGUCGAUUCUGGGUAUGUGAUCAUGGGAUCACCGACUUUUGAGUCACCUGCGUAG